AUGUCACAGCUUGUAUUAAUCAUCUAUUUACUUCUUAGUCUAUUCGUUAUACCACAAGAAGAGCAGAACAAAUUGUGCCAUAUACAAAGUGAUACUAUCAUGAGAAGCAUGCUUGUCCUUGGUAGCCUCUGCCACGUUUUCAAUAUUAUUUCGUCUAUUGAAACAGUCAAACGGUCAUCUGACUCUCAUCAUCAUCAACAACUAUCCCAUGGACAAGAACUUCAUUUGAAUAACAUCGAGCAUGUUCUGCAUCAUAUCUUCAACCCUUCCGAUUCUUCUCAUUUAGAAGAAGACCACGGGCAUGAUAUUACAACUACUACAACGUAUAAGGGGAAUAUCCGCACUCAGUUACAUCACGGCCAAACUAAUCGCAUGAUUCAUCCUAAAUUUCGUCCUCUAGUUCGAACUGGCAAACCUCAUUCUACCUGCUUAAAAACAACAGCUACCACUCCUCAUGACAACCUACACGAUAGUAAAACCGUUUAUAAUACGACUCAAUCAUCAAGUCUACUCCAGCGAUUAACUGGUGAACCAACUGAAAAGAUCGCGCACACUCGACGUCGUUUAUCUUUUGCUGAUUAUUAUCAUCAACAGCAGCUACGGGCCUUUUUUGCGCACCGUCAUGAAAAGUUUCCUGUUCAGACACGUUCAUACGUGAAAACUGGAUUGAGACGUUAA